AUGCUGUCCUCACUUGUCCUCCCUGCCUUUCUGUGGGCGGGCUCCGCCGCAGCCGGCAUGUCUACGUUGGAAGCCGAGACCUUUUGCGCCGCAUCGAAUUCGACCCUGUUUCCCAACUCGACGGCCUACGAAACUCAGCGCAUCAAUGUUUGGGAUAAGAGAUCCAAUCUUAAUCCGGCUUGCAUCUACAUGCCAUCCAGUGCAAACGAUGUUGCCAAGGCAGUCGAGAUCUUCCACACCUGCAAUGCUCCUUUUGCCGUGAAGGGUGGUGGCCACAUGACUUGCCCGGGGGCGAACACCAUCAACGACGGAGUCCUCCUGGCCUUGAAUAAACUUAGUGGCUUGAAGGUUAACGAGAACGACAACAAUAUCGAGGUCGGACCGGGUAACAGAUGGGUUGACGUGUAUCAAGCCCUGGAGCCUUACGGCCAGUACACCAUCGGUGGUCGUCUCAAGACAAUCGGCGUGCCUGGACUCAGCUUGAUUGGUGGCGUCAGCUACUUUCUCAACAAGUACGGCUACACCAUGGACAACGUGCUCAGCUACGACGUUGUCCUCGGUAACGGUACCCAGGUCGUCGCCAACGCAACCUCGAACCCAGAUCUCUUCUGGGCGUUGAAGGGAGGCGCCGGCAACUACGGCAUUGUCACCAAGUUUGUCCUCAAAACGUACAACAUUCCCUUGGUCAGUACUACUUUUCAAAAGUUCAACAUGUCUGCUAUCCCAGCUUUCAUCAAGGCAUCUUGCGACAUGGUUCUCUCAGAAAAUGGUGGAACCGUCGGUGCUGGAGCUGUUAUCAACAUCAACUACAACAUCACUACGAAGGAGGCUACGCCCCAGGUUUUCGGCAUGCAGGAGACGACUGAGUCCCCUCCCUCGAUGUUCGCCAACUUCACCGCUAUACCCGCUGUGAGCCGAGUCCACAACGUCACGGCCCCUGUAAACUUCCACUCGCAAUUCGAAUCCCCCAACCAGAUGUUCCGCGUUAAUUAUGGACAUCACACCGUCAAGCCCGAUGCCGACCGUCUCUACGAGAUUUACCAAGCCUGGAUUGAGGCCAUACAGGAUGUCGCUGAUGUCGAAGGCAUCCGCCCUACCUUGAUCUUGAACAAUUCUCCGGGAUCUGCCAUGACGGUUUCCAAGACGAACGGUAUCGGAAAUACCUUUGGUCUAGAGGAUGACCAGUCCUAUGUCUGGUGGCAAAUCACUACCUCGUGGGCUCGCGCUGAGGAUGACCUCAGAGUUACCACCUGGGCCCAGUCUCUGCUCGCACGCCAACACGAGAUCAACAUGUCGAAGGGCCUGGGCACUGAUUUCGUCUACAUGGGCGACGCUGGCGAGUGGCAGAAGCCUUUCCCCGCCUAUGGAAAGAAGAACUUCGACCGAAUGAGACAGAUUCGAGACCAGUACGACCCCGACCUAGUGUUCACCAAGCUCAACUGGGGCGGCUUCAAGCUUGGUUUCUAG